ACGCCACCCAGUCAAGAGCCUACAACCCACUUCCUUCUAGUUGCAGCCACUUGUUCAGGACCAAGUUCCGCCAUGCCGAAGUGCCCCAAGUGUGACAAGGAGGUGUAUUUCGCUGAGCGUGUGACAUCACUCGGCAAGGACUGGCAUCGUCCCUGCCUGAAGUGUGAGAAAUGUGGAAAGACACUGACGUCUGGGGGCCACGCCGAGCAUGAAGGCAAGCCCUACUGCAACCAUCCUUGCUACUCCGCCAUGUUUGGGCCCAAAGGCUUUGGGCGAGGUGGAGCUGAGAGCCACACUUUCAAGUAGACCCAGGUUGUGGAAACUCCCUACCCGCCCAGGCACCUGCCGGGCCUUAACCCUAGACAGAGGGGCUGUCUGUAACCCUUCAUGCCUUUAAUUAAUAAACCUGACCUUUUGGAAGGCC